AGCAACUUUUCUAUUUGUGUUUUAUUCUCUGUGCUCCAAGAAAAUUGAGGAAUUGGGAGAGAAAGCAUGGAGGAAAAUGGGUUACUCCCAAGGUCUACUCUUUUAGCACCAAAUCCUCGCGUGAUUAGUGAAGACAACUUGAUAGAGAGUGAUUCUGCAGUUACCCCUGUGGUCGUUUUCAGCACCUUGGUUGCUGUCUGUGGUUCAUUUGGUUCUGGGUGUUCUUCAGGAUUUUCAUCCCCUGCUGAAUCCGGAAUCAUGGAAGACCUGGGCCUCUCUACUGCAGCAUACUCAGUAUUUGGUUCACUACUUACGGUUGGAGGAAUCAUAGGUUUUUCAAGUGAUAUUGGAACUAUUUCAAUGGCUAUCAUUCUGAUUCCAUCUACUGCUGUGUCAGUACUCUUAGCAGAUAAAUGGGGAAGACGUCCACUGCUUUUGGUUUCUGCAGCUGGAAUGUGCUUGAGUGCCUUCCUUGUUGGAUUAGCAUUUCUCUUGCAAAACUCGUCUACUUCCAUUUUGGUCUACAUUGGUAUACAGGGUUUCAGUGUAGCUUAUGGCUUAGGCCUGGCAGGCUUAGCAUGGGUUGUGAUGUCAGAGAUAUAUCCGAUCAAUAUCAAGGGUUCGGCUGGAAGCCUAUCUACUUUAGUCAACUGGUCAACAUCUUGGCUUGUGUCAUUCACCUUCAAUUUUAUGGCUGAAUGGAGCGAAGGAGGUACAUUUCUCAUAUACUCGGCCAUGUGCUGUCUGGGUGUUGUAUUCAUCGCAAAGCUAGUUCCAGAGACUAGAAGGCGAACGUUAGAAGAAAUACAAGCAUCAAUUGCCCAUUUUUUGCAAUAGGAUGAUGAUACAGACGCAGUAACAGUUCAGAUCUCUGCUAUUUAUAACCAUUGUAUCUCAAUACCAGUAUUUAGAAGAUUUUAUCACCACCAUUUUCUGUAUUCAAAAUAUCGAAAGCAUUGUUACCACCACGGUCCACCGCAGGUGGGAUUUUGUUUAGGACACCGGCUAGGGUCAUGUUAGAAACCUUGAACCCUCCCCCAACUCGUUCCUUUUUCGCAAAUAUUGUACACUUAUAAUUGUGCUCUUCAGAAUAAAAGGUUGAUUGCAUU